AUGCCAGGCAAGUCUUUCGAUACUCCUGCCGGGAAAGGUCAUAGUAGAUCGUCCAAGGCUGGGCUUAUAUUCCCGGUUGGACGUGUUCAUCGAUAUCUCAGAAAGGGCAGAUAUGCCGAUCGAGUUGGGGGAGGUGCUGCCAUUUAUAUGGCUGCAGUACUGGAAUAUCUCGUAGCAGAACUUGUCGAGUUGGCCGGAAAUGCAGCCAGGGAUAACAAAAGAUCUCGAGUGUCACCUCGACACAUUCUACUAGCUGUUCGAAACGAUGAAGAACUUCAUCAAGUGCUGGAAAAAGUCACCAUUGCCGAAGGUGGUGUACUUCCUCACCUUGAGAAGGAGCUCAUGCAAGAGAAAAGUAAGAGCAAGAGCAAAAAGAAGGGAUCCCAAACUACCGCCACAACCACCACCGAUAACGGAGUAGAGGAAAGUGGUCCAGGUAAGUCUUCUUCACUUUCAUAUAAUUUGAUAUGA